AAUUUUCGGUGGACCCAAGUGAUGAUAUUUGCAAUGGAAGAAAUCAACAAAGAUCCUGCUCUCCUGCCAAACAUAUCUCUUGGCUAUAGGAUCCUUGAUUCAUGUGCAUCUCCUACAAAUGCUCUGCGUGCUGCACUGACACUGGCAAGCAGACCUGAGGAGACGGAAUCGACUUCACCGUGUACACCAGCUAUAUCUGCCCUUAUAGCUGAGUCGGGAUCAACGCAAUCUAUAAUUGUGGCUGGAGCUCUUGGACCGUUUCAAGUGCCAAUAGUAAGUUACGUCUCAACAUGUGCCUGCCUGAGUGACAAAACCAAAUAUCCUACAUUUUUUCGGACAAUUCCCAGCGACUACUUCCAGGCGAAAGCUUUGGCAGCACUGGUUAAACGUUUUGGCUGGCAGUGGAUUGGAGCAAUACAGUCAGACGAUGAUUAUGGGAGGAAUGGGAUCCAGGCUUUUACUGAGGAGGUUAAGAAACAUGGGAUCUGCAUUGCAUUUGUAGGGACAAUUCUAAGAACAUACCCUAUGGGUAAAAUUUUGGAUGUUGUGGAAAUUAUAAAGCAGUCAACUGUCAAGGUCAUCCUUGCUUUUGUUGCAGAGAGUGACUUUUACCCUCUGAUGCAAGAGGUGGUAAAACAGAACAUCACAGGGAUUCAGUGGAUUGCCAGCGAGGGCUGGAUAACAGAAGCUAGACCCUCCACACCUGAAAUGUACCGAGCUUUUGGUGGAGCCCUAGGGUUCGUGGUGCAGAAGAUGGCUAUUCCAAAACUCAAACCUUUUCUUACAAGCAUCAGCCCCUAUGCUGAUCCAAGUGCAGCCUUUGUAAGAGAUUUCUGGGAGAUGAUGGUGGGCUGCACACCUGAUCCACCUGGGGAGCACACAGGCACUAAGGCAGUGCAUGAAGUAUGCACUGGAAAUGAGACAUUAAUGAAUUCACAGGAUGUGUUCUUUAAUGUCACAGAGCUCAGAGUGUCUUAUAAUGUCUACAACGCAGUUUAUGCCAUCGCUCACGCCCUACAUCAGCUGGUUUUCUGCCAACCAGCUGGAGGAAAAGUAGUGAAACCAUGUUUGAAUUUAUCAGAAAUUCAGCCCAAAAAGGUCACUGAUCACUUAAGAAGGGUGAAUUUCAGGAAUCAUUUUGGGGAUGAUGUGUUUUUUGAUGCCAAUGGUGACCCUCCUGCUUCUUAUGAUAUUAUCAACUGGCAGCUGAGAGAUGGUCAGGUGCAACAUGUCACAGUGGGUCAUUUUGUUUCUGCUGCUAACGGUGAUUAUAAGCUCAGCAUCAAGGAUGAAGACAUUGUGUGGCGGACAGGAGAAAUGGUUCCGAAAUCUGUGUGCUCUAAUAUUUGUCCAAAAGGAACAAGAAAAGCUCAAAUAAAGGGAAAACCGGCCUGCUGUUUUGACUGUAUUCCGUGUGCUGAUGGAACUAUAGCCAAUUCAACAGGUGCAGCUGACUGCACUCCCUGUCCUCGGGAAUACUGGUCCAACGAGAGAAAAGAUGAGUGCAUUCCUAAAACAAUUGAGUUCCUGACGUACGUUGAGCCGAUGGGAAUCGCUCUCACAGUGGUAUCCCUAAUAGGGGCUUCACUGUCUUUGGUCACAAUGAUUGUCUUCAUCUGCUACAGAGAAACUCCUGUCAUAAAGGCCAGCAACUCUGAGCUCAGCUGUUUCCUGUUGUUUUCUCUUUUUUUGUGUUUCCUCUGUCCCCUCACUUUCAUGGGCAGACCCACAGUCUGGACGUGCAUGCUGCGCCACACAGCAUUUGGUGUCACGUUUGCACUUUGUAUUUCCUGUGUCUUGGGAAAAACUAUAGUUGUAGUCACAGCUUUCAAGGCUACAAUCCCUGGCAAGAAAGCUGCAGAAGUUUGGGCCUGCACAGCAGAGGAUUAUAGUUUGCUCCUGCACUUGAUUCAGAUAGUUAUAUGUGUGUUGUGGCUGAAAUUGAACCCUCCUUUCUCAGACAUGGUUUUCAGAUACAGCAACACAAAGAUUGUUUUAGAGUGCAACACAGGCUCUGAGGCUGCUUUUUAUGCAGUACUGGGUUACAUCGGGAUCCUUGCAAUAAUAUGUCUGGCCCUGGCUUUUCUAGCAAGAAAGUUGCCUGAUAACUUUAAUGAAGCUAAAUUUAUCACCUUCAGCAUGCUGAUAUUCUGUGCUGUCUGGAUCACCUUUAUCCCAGCGUAUGUCAGCUCUCCUGGGAAGUUCACUGUAGCUGUUGAGAUAUUUGCCAUUUUAUCUUCAGCAUUUGGAUUAUUGAUAAGCAUUUUUGCACCAAAAUGUUACAUAAUAUUGAUCAAGCCAGAAAAAAAUACCAAGAAACAUGUCAUGGGAAAACUGUAAAGAUUAAAAAAAAUAUGAGACCAUGUCAAGAAGAUUCUACUGUUAUUUAGAAUUUUCCCACAGUGUAAAGUUGAACCAUAGCAUAUGUGCAAAGAAAGAUUUAUUUUAUAAAACAAAAACACGCUUCAACAGCAAUUUAAUUUAACUUAAGUUUUAUUUUUUUUAAUGAAUUACGUUAAUGCUCCUGAUGUACUUCAUGUCAAUAAAAUGGAUGGUAUGGUGUGCCAGUUGGCCUAGCUGUUUUAGCGUGUGACCCAUGUACAGAGGCCACAGUCCUCAAAACAAAUUGAAAAUAUGUUGU